AUGGAGAAUUUACCAUUUUACACUCCUUCCGAUGAAGACCCAAGAGGAGCGCACCCAAGCAGCCCCAUGAUGUCCGGAUACUCCCCCGAUAGUGAUCUCACCCUCACCUUUGAAAGUGCGGAAAACUCGCCAUUAAACACGAGCGUAAUAAACACAUUCAAUAGUGCAUACGAGUUCACAAAUAUCAAUAGUGAAAACUCCGAAAUAAGUACGGAAACACAACCGAAAAACACGGAUAACUUAGUGCCGGAAAACCAUCCAUCUAUUACAAAAAAUACGGAGUUAAACCUAACACAACAAAAUACCGGUAGUGCGGUUUAUAAAAUAGAUGCCAAGCACGGUCACGGUCACGGCAAAAGUCCUGAAUUUCGGCACGGAGGCACACCCCGCGACGUCGAGCAAGGACGAAAGGAUGAAAAACUUCAACAUGGAAGAAGACAACCAACCCUACUCCCGAAAAGGAAAAUUAUUUCUUCGGUGAGUCAACAAAAGGUUCAGGAAAAACAAAACGAAACCACAAAUAAUAACAUGGAAACAGACGACUUCCAGUACCCUAAAAAGAUAAAGAAAUUUAGAAUAUACUUUACAAAACUGCUAGAACAAAAGGCUAAAUCAACAAUCACUACAAAAAACAGAUUUAAAGCGAUCAGCGACUCAACCCCUGCAAUAACCCUUGACUAUUUGAACAAAAACGUCAGGGUUACCUGGGAAUUACGAAGGGCUGUGGAAUCCAUCAUCCAAUGCCAUAGAUGUCAAGCGUGGGGGCACGCAACAACAAAUUAUGGCCACCCAGCUGAAUGUUUAAAAUGUCCCGGUGACCAUCUCAUGAACACUUGCGCCAAGACAAGAGAAACCCCCGCCACGUGUGCCAACUGUCACGGCGAACACCCGGCCAACUACACGAAAUGCGAGGCUUAUGUAGAAAGGGCCACUAGGUUAGAAGAAAGAAGAUUAGCUCAAAAGUCGAAAGCGAAAUACGUUCAAGCACCCCCAUUAAUCAGGAAUGCAUGGGAUAGAAACAGAAACCCAACCAUCAAAGAACUCAGAGAUUACCCACCCACCCCUCCCAAACAAUAA